GAAAUAAGUAGGAAUGGGCAGUGGCUGUUCACAUUCAGCACACCUUUUCCAUUUGCUAAUAAGGCCCUGCCAGGCUGGGAGGGAGUUGUCUCCGCCUGACUCUGAAGAGAAGAGCCACGGAGCCGAUCCGCGGGCACCAUGAAAUCCCUUCAAGUGACCAUCCUUUGUCUUCUGUUCAGUCUUUAUAGCAGUAAAGAGGACACAGGUGUUAACAACACAAUCACUGGUGUAUCACCAUCAACUCGUGCAACAGAAAUAUCUGUAUCAACAUCAAGCAUAACACCAAAUCCUGUUUUGGAAUCAACAUCGGGAGCGUCUCCUAAAGGAACAGCAAAUAAAGAAUCCUUAAAUUCAUCUUUGCUGCCCACACUUUCUUCAUUAACUACAACAAUUAAAGAUGAAGGAAACACAACCAAGGAUGUCAAGAAGAAUGAGUUCACCACUGCAAAUGCAACAGUGACAAAUCCUCCACUUUCCAACGCUGCUUCAACAUCACAGAGUUCCCAACACAAGACUGAGAAUCAGAGUUCAAUCAAAACAACAGAAACACCAGUUAACACUCUACAUCCAGAGACAUCACCUUCUAAUGCCAGUACAUUACCCUCAAUAUCAAUAACAAUUCCAGGAAACAUCUCCCAGUUUCAAGAUACUGAGGAUGCAAAAAAUGCAAGCUCUUCUUCAGCCAGCCCCUCUUAUUCCAGUAUUAUUCUGCCAGUGGUCAUUGCUUUGAUUGUGGUGACCCUUUCAGCAUUUAUUCUUGUGGGUUUGUAUCGAAUGUGCUGGAAGACCGACCCAGGCACACCAGAAAAUGGAAAUGACCAACCUCAAUCCGAUAAAGAGAGUGUGAAGCUUCUCACUGUUAAGACAAUUUCUCAUGAGUCUGGUGAGCACUCUGCACAAGGAAAAACCAAGAACUGACAGCUUGACGAAUCCUCUCCACACCUGGGCAAUAAAUAUGCUUCAUCUUCAGCUUCUGUGCUCCAGGGGUAGCAAGGGAGAAAGCUUCGUGGACUCUUUCCUGAUGUCCAGUCCUGCUCUCCAGUCUGCCAGUCACCUGUCCCAAUAAAGUGAUGUCCAGAUGGCAUGCAAUAAUUUCAUUGAAUCCGAAGAAGCCCGGGCCUCCCCCGUCAUUUGUGACAUGAAAAGCACAUUACUACAUUUUAUAAGAACAUGCUUGGGAGUUUUAGGAAGGACCUUUGUGAGCAGCUAACCUGACAGCCAGGUAGGUGGGUUCCUUGAUGACAUGACCUUCCCUUGAGUUGAAAGUUUCCAGAGCCGACAGUUCCUAUCCGUGGAGACUUUCCUAUUUUCUUGGUGUUCUCAUAUUACCUAAUGUUUGUAUUUAUUGUUUUGUACUAUGUUAAUGCAGGGACAAUUUGCAAGUGUAUUAUUAAAUGUUAGGUAGAAAUCAUGCCAUGCCACUUUGUACAUAAAGGUAUUUUAUUCAUAUUUUCAUGUGUUACUUUUAAUAAAUAAUUACUAUAUUCAACACACUAAAAUAUCAUAAUGUGACUGUGAAAAUGGCAAUGGUAUUGUCUUCCCAUAAUCUUGAAUAUUUGGGUGCUGAUUAUUUGAACAUGAGAACUCACUAAUGAAAGACAUCUGCAAUAAGUGAGAAAGGAACAAAGGAUUCACAUAUCAGACUCCGUUAAAGGGAAGUCAAUUUAACAUCUCUUUGGUUUUUCUAUUUGUAAUUCACACUAUGUGACAAGGAUGUAAGGGCAUUUAUGACACUCUGUACUGCAUUCAUUAAGAUGAUACCAGGAGUGAGACUUUUUAUAAUCCA